AGACCACCUCUGCCUGCUUGUUGGAAGUUGGAGAUUGGAAGUUGGAGGUUGACUGAGAUUAAGCUAGCAAAAAAAUUAAUCGAGGCAUCAAGAGACACAAGGGGCGAGCAGAGAAAAAGAGAGAAAUCUAAGAGAGCACUGUUGUUUGGCGGUGAAAAAUGCUGCAAAUUGACUGAGUUGUUUUUAAAAUCAAGUGCAGCUUGAGCUAGCAUUAGCGCUAAUACUGCUAGCACUAAUGUUAACGACACAGCUGAGCCAGCACACCAGGGAGAAAGACAGGACAGUGAGGAAUAUGAGCAAGAGCAGGAACAAAACAAGCAAGAGUAGGAUGAAGAGGUACACAUGGAUAACUGCAUGACGAAUAUUCUAAAAUGGAUACCCCUGAAAGUCCUACCCAGUACCCCCAAUCCCCUGGAGAGGAGGAGAAGGGCGUUUCAGACAAUGAGCUGCUGGAUUCUCCUGAUGAAGAGGACAGGGUCAUAUCAGACAGUGAGAUAGUCCAUGAAGAGGAAAAUGAGGUGCUGGAUGAGGAGGACGAAGAGGAUAUGGAAAGCCGAGUAAGAGGUUCAGAAUUAGAGGGGGAGGGGGAAGAAGGGGAUGAGGUGGUCCCUGACUUUGUCUCUGACCCAGAGGAGGAGGAACCUAUGGGAGACAUGGAAGGGCUGGGACAGGAGGAUGAAGCCAUUUUACUGAUGGAGAUGGAUGAUGACCGUCAAAAGGGGGACCAAUUGGAUGGGGAAGAAGAGGGGCAAGAGGAUCGAGUCAUUGACACACCUCAGUCUCCAGACUCCGAACCAGAGCGGGGCAAGAGCUUCAUUGCUGAAGAGGAUGGAGAUGAUAGGGAGGAAGUAUACAGUGACUACCAAAAGAACGCUCUAGCAGAGCCUCAGACAGUUAAGCUGGAUGAAGAGGAGGAGGAACACAAAAGUAAGGCUGAAGAGGAGGACGAAAUGAUAAGAGCUGAACAGAGAAGGAGAGCUGUUGCAGUGAGGGAUGACUCGGCAUCUGUUUCCCGGGAGCUGGAUGAGCAUGAACUGGAUUACGAUGAGGAGGUCCCAGAGGAACCCAGCAUCCUUCCUCAUGAGGAAGAGGAAGAUGAUGAAGACACAAAAGCAGAGAGAGAAGUAGAGGAGGAGUGUAAGGAAAAGAGCAUUAAGAAGGAGAAAAAUACAAUCCUUCCCCCAUCUCCUACAGACAGUGACAUCAAGAGGACAGAUGACUCGAAAGGCCCUGAGAGGAUGCAGAGAGAUUCCUUCAGAGACAAGAAGAAGGAUGAAGAUGACGGAGAGAUUGAUGAAGGAGAGAUUGACGAUGAUGACCUGGAGGAGGGCGAGGUCAAAGAUCCCUCGGACAGGAAGAUCAGGCCACGUCCAAUCUGCAGGUUCUUCAUCAAAGGUAACUGUACUUGGGGUAUGAACUGUAGGUUCAUCCACCCCGGAGUCAAUGACAAAGGUAACUAUUCUCUCAUCAGUAAGCCAGACCCCUUCUCACCAAACGGAGCGCCUCCAGGAGGGCCACACCCACUCAUACCCAAUAAUCCCUGGGUUGGACCUGCAGUGGAGGAGCUCCCUCCACCCCCUCCUCCAGUGGAGCCUCCUGUGGAGAGUGCCUGGGAGAGAGGGCUGAGGCAUGCCAAAGAGGUUCUGAAGAAGGCCACCAUCCGUAAGGAGCAGGAGCCAGACUUUGAGGAGAAACGUUUCAACGUGACCAUCGGAGAAGACGAGAGAGAAUUUGACAAAGAGAAUGAUUUCUUCCGAGAACGCAGCUACCGUAUCAUCAGAGAUGAAAUGGACUUCAGAGAUCCUUUAUAUGGUGACCCAUAUGCUGAUCCAUACUAUGACUAUGAAAUGGAGGCCCUAUGGCGAGGUGGCCAGUAUGAAAACUUCAGAGUACAGUACACAGAAGCUCCUCUUCCAUAUCCCUACACUGAUCGUGAACGCGACCGUGACCCUCGGGAGCGAAACCGGGACAGAGAGAGGGAGAGAGAUCACCGUGAAAGGGAACGCCGACAGAGGGAGAGGGAGCGAGAGAGAGAGAGGGAGCGUGAGAAGGAGAGGAUGCGGCGGAAAGAAGAAUGGGAGAGGGACCGGAUCAAGCGGGAUGAGAAAGAGAGGCCUAGGAUGCGUCUUCCUAGAGAUGCAAGAGAGAAGAAAGAUGAGGACAAACUGAAACCACGAUCGCCUCUCAGUUUGCCACCCAGUAGGCCAAUGGAACCUCCCUCAAAGAAGGAGGUUGUUCCAGUUAUGAGGCGACCAGAUGAGUGGAAGGACCCAUGGCGUCGGUCCAAAUCACCUAGGAGACGCCCUGGGCUGGGGUCCCCACCACGAGGUCGCAGACGACAUAGGCCCUCGGGCUCCUCCGUGUCUCUGUCCAACUCCUCCAGGUCUUCAUCUCGCUCUUCAUCCUACACAGGUUCCGCGUCGUCUCGUUCUCGUAGUCGCUCCUCCUCGUUCAGCUCCUACUCCAGCCACUCAUCCCAGCGCAGCUCUUUCAGUGGCAGCCGCUCUAGGUCUCGAUCAUUUUCUACAUCUCCCUCACCGAGUCCAGCUGCACCGAGGAAUGCUAAGAACAAACCAGACGCUCCUCCUGUGUUAGCUAAAGGCAUGCUGCUGAAGCCAGGUGCCAUGCCCCCUCCUCGCAGAGACAAACUUCCCAUGAAGAAAGCUCCCAGUCCUCUUCCACCUGGUGGACCACAGGGAAGGCCUUCCAAACCCAUGCCAGAGGGAGGGAAGCCUCCCACCAAUCCCCGGGAGCCUGGGCGUGCGGGUGGUGGUGGAACAGGGAGACCUCUGCCCCCACGGGAACCUGGAAAACCUCCCAACCCAAGAGAAGACAGGCGGAAAGAACGGCAGCAGCGUCCUCCUCGGAGGCGAACUCUGAGUGGGAGUGUCAGUGGAAGUGGUAGCAGUUAUACUGGUUCUAGCUCCAGAUCCUCCUCCAACUCCUUGUCGCACUCACGAUCACGCUCACGUUCCGGAUCCAGAAAAUCCAGGAAAUCCAGAUCACUGAGUGUGAGCAGUGUGUCAUCGGUGUCAUCAGUGUCGUCCAGCAGCAGCUCGGUGCAUAGUGCAGACUCUGAUGACAUGUAUGCUGACCUGGCCAGCCCGGUGUCGUCUGCCAGCUCCCGUUCACCCACACCAAAUCAUCCCCGCAAGGAGCGAGGGCCAGCACGAGACCGGCCUCAACAUGGGAGGGACAAGAACAGAGAGAGACAGUCUAAAAAAGAUGACGCCUUUAGGGAGGACCGCAGAAAGAUGGAUCCAUCUGGUGCUCCACCUCGAGGAGGCAACCCAUUGCCCAGAUCAGGACCCAGCAGCAGGGGUGGCCACCCUAUACACCCCCCACCAGGCAACAUGCUUCCCCAAGGAAGCUAUGGGGGUUCAGGAUCCCACAAAGACAUUAAACUCACCCUCCUCAACAAGCAGCAGGGAGAUAAGGGCAACAGGAAGAGGUACCUGCCUUCAGACAAAGACAGGCCUGGUUCCCCCCUCAACAAGAGAAUGGCCAUGUCUCCAGACAGAGGCCGUGAUAAGAGGAUACCUGGCCGACCCCCACUCUCCCCUCGUAUGGAUCGGCCCAGAGGCCAAGGCCCCCGACCCAUGCCACCCCAGGGAGACAGAAAACGCCCUCUGUCACCACCCACCAAAUCAUCUGGAAAGGGUGUGGUGGCACCACUGGGCAAGCCGGCCUUCCUGGGCUCAGCUUCGGCCGCAGGCUCUGGCUCCAGCUCAGGCUCGGGCUCAGGCUCCAACAAACCCAGCAACACACUGUCCCGCCGUGAGGAGCUGCUGAAACAGCUGAAAGCUGUGGAGGACGCUAUCGCCCGGAAACGAGCAAAGAUCCCAGCCAAAUAAAAGGAAGCCAGCCCUUGGCCAGUUCGCCAGUCUGCCUGCUCGUGUGGUCUUGUGAGCCAGAGUGAGGGUUAUGGGAGCAUUCCCCUCUGACGUAUUAAAAUGUUGUAUGGUUUGUGUAUAAAGGCUGUUGUGUAAGUGAACGGGAAGUGGCCACUACGAAACCCAUCUUCUGCUUGUUUACCCUCAGAAGAGGUUUAGCUCUGCUCCAUUCUCCAGUGUUGUUCACUCUCAUUUGCCCAACUUUAGCUCCCCUUAAGUCUUUGAAUGUCUCAGCUGCAUUUUUACCUCAUCAAAAAGAAUCAGGAGGAAACAUUUGGGCAUUUGGUGAGGGAGGGGUGUCUCAGGAAUGGAGUGUACUUUGUGUAGACCUUACAGUCCAGAAACAGAAGGGUGGUAAGGUGAACUUGAUCACUUGCUUCUGCUUUCUGUUCCUUCAGUGAAAAGGAAGCAUCUUCCUUAUGUUGUAUUCCUUUAAUGAUUAACAGAUUUAAACACAUUGAAUCUACUACUUAUGUCUAUCUUUCUGUGCCCCCUUUUAUUGUCUUGUUCUCUCAUAUGUUUUCUUUAGUUUCCUCUGUGUGGAGUGACACAACUGUUGACUCAGCUCUACAGGGUUCUGACAUCCAACAAGCUUCUUUAUAUAAAUCUUCAAGUUCUUGAGCAUCCGUAAUCUGCCGCUGUUGGUGAUCAUGAGCCCAUACUUUGGUCACAACUGGCCCAUCUUCAACCAAUGACUGAACUAUGUUCUGUGUUUUAUGGCAGUGUUCACUGUCACACCUUGUACAAUAAUAGCAAGUCAUCAAAAUCUUUCAAGUGUAUGAUGAUAGACAGCAGUGAUGUGAAGUAUUGCUCUUUUUUUAUGUGCACCAUUUUGUUUUCUUCUUAACUCUUCCCAAGUGAUAAACUGAUGUUUUAUUUGUGUCACAUUUUUAGUUGGAGGAGUAUGAGAGUUGGAAUGGGGACAUUUAUAGACAAGAUAUGUUUUGCUUUUGUGACAAAAGCCUUCUAAAUAAACUAUUUUGAUAAAAAGAA